CUCUAACUUAUUUUCUCUCUUCUUUUCUACUUAUUGUGUUCUUGCAUCAUCAGUUGUGUUAAGAAAAGGCAGGGAACUGAUCAUGAGUGGUGGAAAGUAGCUUGGUUUUGAAGAUUUGCAUGAGAUGGAGGGAGGUUAUCACAAAGCAGAUAAGACAGAAUUCUUAGAGUCUUGGAGAGUCUCAUGGAGAACUCCUUAUAUCAUGCGUCUUUCACUCACCGCUGGUAUUGGAGGCCUUCUUUUUGGAUAUGACACUGGAGUGAUUUCUGGGGCACUCCUUUACAUUAGAGAGGAAUUUGCUGACGUAGAUAAGAAAGCAUGGCUGCAGGAGACAAUAGUGAGUAUGGCUGUUGCAGGCGCUAUAGUCGGUGCUGCAAUCGGUGGCUGGAUCAGUGAUUGUUUUGGCCGUAAAAAGGCACUUAUGUUUGCAGACAUAGUAUUCUUCAUUGGUGCAAUUGUUAUGGCAGUAGCUCCCGCUCCGUGGGUGCUUAUUGUAGGUAGAAUAUUAGUUGGUUUUGGAGUUGGGAUGGCUUCCAUGGCUUCACCACUAUACAUCUCAGAAAGUUCACCCACUAGAAUCAGAGGGGCGCUUGUUAGUUCAAAUGCAUUGCUGAUUACUGGUGGACAGUUUUUGUCGUAUCUAAUCAACCUAGCUUUUACUAGGGUUACUGGCACCUGGCGUUGGAUGCUUGGUGUGGCUGGACUUCCACCCUUGAUUCAGUUCAUCCUCAUGCUGUCUCUCCCAGAGUCCCCAAGAUGGCUCUUCAGACAGAACAAGAUAGAUGAGGCUAGGUCUAUUUUAGAAAAGAUCUUUCCUGCUAAUGAAGUCGAAAAUGAGAUGAAGGCCCUGAAGGAUUCGGUUGAAGCAGAAAAAGACGAUGAAGGAGAACUUGGUGAUGGAUUUUUUCCAAGACUGAAGAGUGCUCUUCGAAACAAAGUAGUCCGUAGAGCACUUCUCGCAGGCAUCACUGUCCAAGUCACCCAACAAUUUGUAGGCAUAAACACUGUCCUGUACUACAGCCCUACUGUUGUUCAAUUUGCUGGAUUUGCGUCCAGGCAAACAGCUUUAGCACUUUCUCUAGUCACCUCUGGUCUCAACUUUGUUGGCUCCAUAAUAAGUAUGGGCUUUGUGGAUAAGUAUGGAAGGAGAAGGUUCAUGCUUGUCUCCCUCGUCGGAAUCAUUUCAUGCCUUGUGGCCUUGGCAGUAGUGUUUUUCCAGGCUGCUGCCACUGCUCCUGCUGUUAGCAGCUUGGAAUCCAUGCACUUCGGUGGAAACAGGACAUGCCCAGCUUACCUCUCAGCCCCCAAUUCUCAAUCAUGGAGCUGCAUGUCAUGUUUGAAGGCACCAGAUUGUGGAUUUUGUGCCAGCAGUGGAAAUGGGCUUCAUCCUGGAGCCUGUUUGGCUGUGAGUAAUGAUAUGAGAAGCUCUUGUCGAAUGGAGAAGCGAACUUGGUACACAGAAGGUUGUCCCAGCAAAUUUGGAUUCUUGGCAGUAGCAUUUUUAGGCCUAUACAUUAUAUGCUAUUCACCCGGAAUGGGCAGUGUUCCAUGGCUUGUCAACUCUGAAAUAUAUCCUUUGAAAUACAGAGGGUUUGGUGGAGGAAUUGCUGCAGUGUCUAAUUGGUCAGCUAAUCUAUUAGUCAGUGAGACUUUCUUAACUCUCACUAAUGCUUUGGGCUCUGCUGGGACUUUUAUUCUGUUUGCUGGAUUCUCGUUCAUAGGCUUUAUAGCCAUCUAUUUCGUUGUGCCCGAGACAAAAGGAUUGUCGUUUGAGGAGGUUGAGAAGUUACUCGAGAAGGGAUUCAAACCUAAAGCUAUUUGUUCCAAGGAGAUGAAAGAGGAGAUCGAAUUAGAGGAGAAUCAAGUGUCUUCUUCUUCUUCACUAUAAAACUCGUCCCCAUAAACGUAGUGUGUCAUAGUGUGUAGUUGAGAAUCUAGAGUUAGGGGUUGGUAUUAUUGAAACCUCUUUUCAUAACAGUUCUGCAUGGUUGUGUUUGUGAACAUUUCACACUUUCAACACUCAAAACUCUCUUGUUUGUGAAACUAGAGUGGUUUUUAAUUUGUUACUAGUUUUACUUUACUUUAUUUAUUUUUUUAUCAAGAAAUCAAAUUAAUGCAUUUAUCUC